AUGACGGCGCAACACCCACGCCGGAUCGUGGUGGUGGGCAGCGGGCUGGCGGGCACCGCGGCGGCGCUGGCGGCGGCAGAGUCGGCGGGGCCCGACGUGGAGGUGGUGGUGCUGGAGAAGGAGGCCCGGGCGGGGGGCAACAGCAUGAAGGCAUCCAGCGGCAUCAACGCCCUCACACCCGACCAGGGAGACGCCGCCGAGGCGUUCCGCGAGGACACCCUCAGGAGCGGCGGCGGCCUGAGCGCCCCCGAGCUGGUGGACACACUGGUGGGCGACAGCCAGGAGGCGGUGGGGUGGCUGGAGUCGCAGGGCAUCGAGCUGAGCGGCAGGGUGCAGCUGGGGGGGCACACCCGCAAGCGCACGCGCACCAGCACCCGGGGCCCGGUCGGCUUCUCCAUCAUGAGGGCGCUGCUGGAGCGGCAGGCGGGGGACAGCAGGGUCAGGGUGGUGACGGGGGCCAAGGUGGAGUCGCUGCUGCACCAGGACGGCCGGGUGGAGGGUGUGGCGUAUGUGGCAGACGACGGCAGCCAGCAGCGCCUGGAGGCCAGCGCGGUGGUACUGGCCACGGGCGGCUUUGGCGCCAGCGGCGAGCUGCUGAGGAAGUAUGCGCCGCAGGCCGCGGAGCUGCCCACCACCAACGGGGCGUGGGCGCAAGGGGAGGGGCUGGCGCUGGCACAGGCUGCAGGCGCCAGCCUGCUUCACCUGGAUCGGGUGCAGGUGCACCCCACCGGCUUUGUCGACCCCGCAGACCCGGCCAGCGGCACCAAGUUCCUGGCUCCCGAGAAGCUGCGGGGCGUGGGCGGCAUUCUGGUGAGCCCCGAGGGCCGCCGCUUUGUGGAUGAGCUGACGACCCGCGACAAGGCCAUCCUGCAGCAGCCCCACCGUCAGGCGUUCCUGCUGCUGGGCUCCGACGCCGCGCAGCAGUUUGGCCCCGCCCUGGGCUUCUACGUCUCCAAGAGCCUGUUCACCAGGCAUGACAGCCUGGCCGCCGCCGCGGAGCACAUGGGCGCAGCGCCAGAGGUGCUGGUGGCUGAGGUGGAGGCCUACAAUGCGGCGGCGGCAGAGGGGCGCGAUGCCCACGGCAAGACGGUGUUCCCCACCACCAUCGACCCGCAGGCCGCGGUGCAUGUGGCCCGCAUCACUCCCGUGGUGCACUACACGAUGGGUGGCGUGGCCAUCAGCCGCGAGGCUCAGGCGCUGGACGCGAGCGGGGUGCCGGUGCCGGGGCUGUUUGCGGCGGGCGAGGUGGCGGGCGGCCUGCACGGCGCCAACCGCCUGGGCGGCAACAGCCUGCUGGAGUGUGUGGUGUUUGGGCGGCGGGCGGGGCGCAACGCAGCCGCCUUUGUGCGCGACCUGCUGCGCGAGGCGGCGGGAAGCUAUGCCAGCUGA